ACAAUCAGUGCUGGUGGCUCCCACCUCCUGGUCAACACCCUGCGGGCAGAGAAGACCAUCACCCUGCUGGGCUGCGCCACUCAGAUGGCCUUCUUCAUCGGACUGGGCGGUGCCGACUGCCUCCUCUUGGCCUCCAUGGCCUACGACCGCCACGCUGCCAUCUGCCACCCCCUGCGGUACCCUCUCAUCAUGCCUGGGACGCUCUGCGCCCGCUUGGUGGUGGCCUCCGUGGUCCUCGGCUUCUGCCUGUCCUUCCAGCUGGCGGCCUCUGUCUUCUCUCUGCCCUUCUGCCCAGCUCGGGGCAUUCAGCACUUUUACUGCGAUGUGCCCCCCGUGAUGCGUCUCGUUUGUGCCCAGAGCCACAGGCAUGAACAAUCAGUGCUGGUGGCGGCCACACUGGCCAUCGCGGGGCCUUUCCUCCUGAUCGCCGCCUCCUACGCCUCCAUCGCGGCCGCGGUGCUCCGGGCCCCCUCGGCCGCGGGCCGCCGCCGGGCCUUCUCCACCUGCUCGUCCCACCUGGCGGUGGUCCUGCUGCAGUACGGAUGCUGCGCCUUCAUGUACCUGCGGCCCACCUCCAGCUACCGCCCCGAGCAGGAUCAGUUCGUCUCCCUGGUGUACACGCUGGGGACCCCAUUGCUGAACCCGCUUGUCUACACCCUGAGGAACAGUGAGAUGAAAGGGGCCAUAGCCAGAGUCCUUACCAGGAAUUGCCUCCCCCAGAAAAGCUAG